AUGAGUACUUCUUCUUCACACCAAGAGACAGAGGUUGCAAACGAACAGGCCCAAUAUGUCGACGAUAGAAACUACAAUCAAAGAGGAAGCUACCAAGCUAAUCACUAUCAUCCAGGGCUGAGGAAUCACGAGAACUUGUCAUACGGCAACAAUAGAAACACACUUCAACCCCCACCCGGAUUCAACACUCAGAAUUCUGAUGGGAAACCACCCUUGGAAGACAUCCUUGGGACGUUCAUUUCUGAGACAAGAUCACGCUUCAACAAAAAUGAAUUACGGUUGGAUAAUAUUGAAACACAUGUGUCCAACAUGGGAGCCACAAUGAAGAAUCUUGAAGUGCAAAUUGGCCAAUUGGCUACCUCAAUGAAGUCUCAGCAAAAAGGAAAAUUUCCCAGUGACACUGAGGUUAACCCACGGGAACACUGCAAUGCGAUCACCCUAAGGAGUGGCCAAAUGGUUGAAGAAAGCAAACCUAAGAAGAUUAUGGUGCCUACGUCGGAUGUCAUAGUUACAGAUGAAAGGCAGAGUGAAAGGCAGAAAACUAAGCCAGAGGGUACAAAGAUCUAUAAGCCUUACUCGAUCUCAUUUUCGGACAACCCACCAAUCUUGAAGCCCCCACUACCAUUUCCGCAGAGGUUCAUGAAGAAGAAAUUUGAUGACCAAUUUGCAAAAUUCCUGGAAGUCUUCAAGAAAAUCCACAUCAACAUUCCCUUUGCAGAAGCUUUGACCCAAAUGCCUAACUACGCCAAAUUCUUGAAGGAAGUGAUGUCAAAUAAGAAGAAGCUGGAGGAGUUCGAGACAAUUAAGCUAACAGAGGGGAGUAGUGACAUACUUCAGAAGCUCCCUCACAAAUUGAAAGAUCCGGGCAGCUUCAACAUCCCGUGCAAUAUUGGUGGUAUCACAUUUGAUAGGGCACUGUGCGACCUUGGAGCUAAUCGAUCACAUAUCCCCAAAGGCAUGAUUGAAGAUGUAUUGGUGAAGGUCGAUAAGUUCAUCCUUCCUGUGGACUUUGUGGUGUUGGACAUGGAGGAGAACGAGAAAAUACCGUUGAUUCUUGGUCGACCUUUCCUAGCUACUGGAAGAGCAUUGAUUGAUGUCCAGGAAGGAAAAUUGACACUGCGGGUUAAUGAAGAGCAUGUGACUUUCAACAUCCAUCAAGUAGAAAAGCCUCAAGAAAAAGUCAACAUUUGCAAUAUGGCCCAAUCGGCUGAAGCAGCUUUGGGUCACAGAGAAAAAAAGGAAGUGUUCUAUGACCCUUUAGAACAAUAUAUGGCUCUCAAUUACUUAUUUGGACAAUUCUCAAGAAAAUAUCACUAUUGGGAGCCGGUGAUGAGCAAAAAUGAUGAUCAAUGA